AUGCAGCUACCGAGCGGCCGGGGCCUGUCCUUGAUUCACCUGAAUCAUGCCGCCUGCGACUCCGCUGCUCACCGGGCGGCUGUGACUUGGGGCGAAUCAGACGCCUGUCAGCACCGAGAGGGUGACACACAGGCCUGCUCUCGACGCGACAAGUGCAGAGAGCUACGUGCAAGACGGUGCAAGCGGACCCGCGCGCUGUGUGUGUGGCGCCUCGAUUGUCGCUCCACCGUGGCCAUUCACUGCUCGCUCCACACGCGCUCGUCAGCCCGCAGUGAGAGGACACAUGUCAAAGGCAAUUCUGGCCCAGCUCGACCCUCUCAUUCGUUGCCUCCCCAGCCUCUGCCAGAGCGCGGCCCCCUGAUCUCAGCACAAAGUCACCGGCCGAUUAGACGGGCCCACCAAGCCUCCCAAACGACCGCGCCUCGCCCCAAGCAGACGCAGCUAUGCAGUUCCUUGCCUAGCGCUGCUUAGCCUCCCUAAACACGCUGCAAAGCCUGCCCAGGCUUACGACGUCUCGAAAAGCCGCGAGCGCACGGGCGGCGUUCGAUAGUCUUCGCUGGCUCCGAGGGCCCAUGACGAAUGCAGCCCGUCCAAACGACGAUCUCGCAACGCUGCGGCACUGCUCUGCAUCUCUG